AACAGUAACUGAAGAAGACAACCUGAAGAAAAAUCAGACCGAAACCAAAACCUAAAACCCUUCAAAGUGCAGAACCACAAUUUCGUAGAACACUAAAAGAGAAUUUGAAGUUCAAAGGAGAAUCAUCAUCAUCACAAAUGGCUUCCGUUGACAACAGAAAGAAAUCACUGGUUUUGGCUCUCUCCAAGCACCUUUCAUUGGAUCCUAGUGUUUUCCCAGCUGAUAGUGCAGGAGGCGAUAUUAAGACUCUUUACUUAAACAUAAUCGCGGCAUCUGGACACGAGGUUAAUCAUUCUGAUGAGGUGUUGAAAUGGGUAGAAUUUGCAGAAACCUUGCCUGUUUCUCUUGACGGAUGCUUUGAGAUUCUCAAGAGAUUAAACGAUGAACUAUCUGGAAAGUCUGUGCUCCUUGGCAAUGGAUUGAAACCUUCUGAAGCUGAUGUUAUUGUGUUUUCAGUGAUUCAUUCUUCCCUGAUCAGCCUUCCAGACACUAACAAGGAAAAGUUGGCACAUGUGUUGAGAUGGGUGGACUACAUCCAGCACAAACUGGAAUUUGUAGGCUUAUUUGAGGAAAUAUUGUUGCAGAAGCCUGAAUUUGAGCCUCCGGUAACAAAAUCUGCUGCUGCUGUGGAAUCUGAUUUAAAAUCAAACAAGACUGAGCAAAGCGUAAAGAAUGUAAACAAGGCAGAACCAGAGACUAGCAAGGAUAAAAACAAAGCAGAGGUAAAGUCAACAGGAGACACCGAACCGGCUAAGGCCAAAGCAAAACCCGCAAAACCUGCUGCCAAAGAGGUGUCAGAGAAAGAGAAUGAAGUUAGUGUCAGUUUGCUUAAUAUUCAAGUUGGACUAAUUCGUAAAGCGUGGAAACAUCCCUCUGCAGAUAGUUUGCUAGUUGAGGAGAUAGAUGUUGGCGAAGCCAAAUUGCGGCAGGUUGUCAGUGGUUUGGCAAAGUACUGCAGUCCUGAUGAGUUGACGAAUCGCCGAGUUGCACUUAUUACAAAUGUCAAACCUGGAAAACUACGGGAUGUGGUGUCUGAAGGAUUGGUCUUGUGUGCUUCAAAUGAAGGUUCCACCAUCGUAGAGCCCUUGCUCCCUCCAGAAGGGGCUAAAAUUGGGGAACGUGUUUCUUUUGCCGGGAUUGAUGGAAAGCCAGAAGAUGUACUUAACCCAAAAAAGAAACAGCUGGAGAAGAUUACACCGCAUCUUUUCACUGAUGACAAUGGGAUGGCCACAUUUAAGGGGAUACCAUUUAUGACUUCUGGUGGACCAUGCACAUCAUCCAUUUCCAGAGCAACUAUAAAGUGAUCAAGAGAUAUGUCUCGUUCAUUGUUGUUGACCACUCAGAUUGUUAGUACCACAACUUUUUUUAAUGUUUUGAACAACGUGAUUAAAAUGUUCUAACAUUUAUGUUGCAGUUGUUGUAUCAUGGUCUUAAAUGCUACUAAUAUGAUCUCGAAUCCAAUGACUUCAAAAAAUAUCCUA